UCCGUUCUAGCUUCUACCACAUCCCGCCAAUCCCCAUGGUAACGUCGGCCAUCCUUUCCCUGCCUGACGUCUCUAUGGUGACCUGUAGCCCCUCUAUGACAGCUCUAUGGUGGUCUGACUGACAGCAACGAAAACAGCGGCUGUCACCCGGAGGAGCCGGGAAUGUGAGGAGACUGGAGGGACACCGGGCCGGAGUACAGGGCCUCAGCAUCCUGUCCUCUCGUUGUCCCUGAUGGUUCCUUCGCUGUCACCGCUCCAUCACCAGCUCUGACCCACCGCACCCAAAAUCUCUUCACCACCUUCUACAAGAUGCAGAACUCCACACAGAGAAGAUCUGGGAGGAAGUGAUGAGCGGCGGGGACAUCUCCGGUGUGUGUGAGAUGCAGUCAUAAUGGAGGAGGGACCCCCAAAGCUGGUGGAUUACUUUCUCAUCGCCGGAUUGACACCAACAUCUCGACCAUUGGAGGAGGAGAACCGCCAGAGACCGACGCGGCCAGCAGAACCAGUGACCGAUGUGGCCAUCAUCAUCCGAUCCCAGUCUGAGGAGGUGCCUCAUGGAUUUACCUGCAUCGAGAAGACCCCCGGGGGCCACUCGGCCGACCUCAGCUUCAGCUUCAUCACCAACCAGCAGAUGUAUCUGUGCUACCGCCGGGGACGGGACAAGACGCCUAUCACGGAGUUGGGCAUCUAUUAUGAGGGUAAGGAGAAUCUGCGGCCCGGCUUCCAGCUCAUUGACACCACUCCAUACAGUCAUUCUGCCAACUUGAGUAGUGGUGCCCCUGGCCACCCCAAGACCUUCCUCACUUACAAGCGGGCACCUGAAUCGCUGGGGAUGAACACCCUGGGCGUGAUGGAUAUCUGUAUCAUCAGUCCCAGCAAAGGUGACAGCACCCCCCACACCUUCUGCAGGGUGGAUCGAAACCUUAACACCAGCAUGUUUGGUCCGGCUCUUUUCCUCUGCUACAAGAAAGCGAUGGGCAAAGUGCACAGCCUGGUGUAUGAAGCAGGGGUGAUCAGCCGAUUUCCUGAGACAGACAGUGAAAUGUUCCCUUUUCCGGAAUUGGUCCCGAUGUUCUGUCUUCCGAUGGGAGCCACCAUAGAGAGCUGGUCCCUGAACACCAAGUACCACCUUCCCGUCUUUUCCACCUUUGUCCUGACCGGCGCUUCGGGAGACAAGGUUUACUGCGCCGCCAUCCAGUUCUACGAGCAGUACCCCCGAGAGAACCUGACCGAGAAGCAGUGCCAGCGGCUCGGCCUCCUCAGCGUAGUGGACAAGCGUCCGGUGAGCAGUAAGUCCGUCCAGACCAAGAAGAGCAUCUGCGUCCUUUCCCGAUGGCCGUUCUUUGACGUGUUCCAGAAGUUCCUGACGUUCAUUUAUCGAUAUUCCAUCUCCGGUCCCCACGUGCUCCCCAUAGAGAAACACAUCUCAAACUUCAUGUUCAAUGUUCCUUUCCCUUCCCCUCAGAGACCCCGCAUCCUCAUCCAGAUGUCUCCAUAUGAUAACGUUCUCCUGUGCCAACCCGUGUCCUCACCUCUACCCCUCAGUGGAGCCAGUUACGUGACGUUCCUGCAGAAUCUUGGUCCGGAGAACGCGGUGACUUUACUCUUGGCCGUACUCACUGAGCAGAAGCUUCUGAUCCACUCGCAGAGGCCGGACGUGCUGACCAGCGUUGGAGAAGCCCUGGUGUCUAUCAUCUUUCCCCUUCGCUGGCAGUGCCCUUACAUCCCUCUGUGCCCCCUCACUCUCUCUGACGUCCUCUCUGCCCCUGUACCAUUCAUUGUGGGGAUCCAUUCCAGCUACUUUGACCUCCAUGACCCACCCCAAGAUGUCCUGUGUGUGGACCUCGACACCAACACUCUGUUCCAGAGUGAAGAAAAGAAAAUCCCAUCAUACCAGACAUUGCCCCGCAAGCCCUGCAAAGUUCUGCGCAACUGCCUGAGCGACCUGCACAAGCAGCUGGACGAGAUGUAUAACAAGCCCAUGGAAGAAGCUUCUUUAGAAUUUCUGCUAAAAGAUUACGACCUGAUCUACGGACGUCGGACGCAGCUGGAGUUAGACGUGCGCGCCGCUUUCCUGCGCUUCAUGGCUUGUCUCUUCAAAGGCUACCGCUCCUAUCUGUUACCAAUCACACAGGCCCCUUCAGAGAAGACGCGGGACUCCAGUAACCUCUUCAACCUGGAGGGAUUCAGGAAAUCCAGAGAGCGCACUUACCAGAAGUUCUACUCCCAGAUGGUGAAGACGCAGAUGUUUAUGCAGUUCAUUGAGGAUUGCUCCUUUGUCAGUGACCGUCACGCUUCACUAGAGUUUUUCGAUAAUUGUGUUGAGAAGGUGCAAGUGGAUGGGGAAAAGAUGGAGGACCUGCACUUAGUGGAGCUGGAUGAGUCUCACCGCAGUGAGCAUACAGUGUUUAUCAUGCCAGCAGAGGAACCGAUGGACCCGGAUGGAACCGAACCGCCGGCUCAAUACAAAUAUGAAAGCUUCCCCAUUCUCCAGAGAGAGUUGUUUGAGCUGCCACAGGACUUUCUUAUGGCACCACAGAGUCAGCUAAAAACCAGCGCCCCCAGCAGUCCAGCACCACGGCGGACCAAACAGGAGAUCAAAUCCGCACAGCGCGUUGCCCAUAUCUAUUCUUCCAUGCCUGAAAUGUGGGCUAAAUGCCUCCUGGGGCACUGCUAUGGGUUGUGGUUCAUCUACCUGCCCACAUUUGUCAGAGCGACAGCCUCCAAGGUGCGAGCUCUGCAGACGGCAUACGACGCCCUGAAACAGAUGGAGACCAAGAAUGUGGUUUUACCUGAUGAGGUUUGUUACCGUAUCCUGAUGCAGCUCUGCGGUCAGUAUGGAGAGCCGGUGUUGGCUGUGCGCGUCAUGCUGGAGAUGAGAAAAGCUGGGAUCGUCCCAAACGCCAUCACAUAUGGGUAUUACAAUAAGGCUGUGCUGGAGAGCAAGUGGCCGUCCAGCAAUCAGAGUGGAAGACUCCACUGGGCCAAACUAAGAAACGUGGUCCUUGGGGCCGCCCAGUUCCGUCAGCCCCUCCGUCACAAACAGCCGGGGGGUGAAACCCCUCCGCAAAGUGAUGACAUGUCUAAAAACAGGGCGAGAGAUCGUUGGAAGCAUAACAGCUGCUCCGGGGAUUUGCCCCCACGAUUGAACCUACUGCGACAGACCACUUGGUCCAGCCAGACCAGCCGGGGACCCGAGGACGCCCCUCCGGGGAAACUGGUGAAGAGCUGGAGCGUUGGUUGUACCCGGAGUGACACCUGUAUACUGGAAAUGGGAGUGACGCACCUGAUGGAGGAUUUGGAAGUGGAAGGGGUGACCGAGGGGUCGGACGCCAGCCCCUCACUAAGUGGAUCUCUCCGAAGAGCUUGUGGGACCCCACUUGUUCUCGGGCCUUCAGAAAAUGGAAGCUCAUCCAAUGUCAGUUUUGUCACGGACGGCACAGGCAGCGGGACAGUCACAUCUGAUGACUCUGAACCGGUCCUGACUGAGAGCUCCACAGAAGCCCUGACCAGCAGGAGCCGGGACGAGGCCGGCAGCAGCAGCUCCAGGGACGGGGUGAGGAGACGGAGCCUCGCCGGGAAGAUCCAGCAGCUGCUCACCCCCUCCAGAAAACCGUCCAGGACCUCGCUGCUGAGGAAGGCCGGGAGUAUGUCUGAGACGCCUUCUCCUCUCCUGCUGGAGCAGCAUCAUGGCUGGAAGGGUCACAGGAGACCAGAGUCCACCGCCUCAGAGAGCUCGGUGUCCCUGGGAAGUGAAGCCGACUCCUCCGACACGUCCGUCUGCAACUUUACAAUUCACAAAUCUACUGAGCGUCUGUUAGAUAGAGGCGAGGACGCCCCCGCUGUGGAGGUCUUGCUCUCCAGCUGCUCCCAGUGUCCGGCCUGUCACUCCCUAAUCUACGAUGAGGACAUCAUGGCCGGCUGGACGUCCGACGACUCCAACCUGAAGACAGUGUGUACGUUCUGCGGACAGAACUUUGUGCCGUUCCUAAACAUAAAGAUCACUGACCUGCAGAGACAGCGUAGCGCUGAUGGCCCCUCGGAGUCAUCCACGGAUGGUGGUACUGGGAGCCGUGGACCUGUUCUUAGUGACCGCUAUCAGUGUUUGGUGUUAGAUGAAUAUUCCUCCCGUGCUCCGUGUAAUGGCUUCCCUGAUGUCCAGCACAGCGCCAACGAUGCGGACUCUGAGAUGGUGACUGUGGCCUAUCUGUGCCCCCUGGUCCUUCGCAAGGAGAUGGAGAGCCUGCUGGAGAACGAGGGUGGCGACUUCCUGUCCCAACCGGAACUGGUCGACAACCACCCCAUCAUCUACUGGAACCUGGUCUGGUACUUCCAGCGCCUGGCGCUGCCCAGUAACCUCUUGCAGCUCAUAUUGGCAUCGAAGCACGUGCAGCCAUCUACACAGGUGACAGACAAUAUGAGUGUCAGAGUCCGCUCAUUAUGGGAUGUCCUGGUGCAGGACCCCGACCGAUGGCCGCCCAUGUACGCGCUGUGGAAACUUCACCGAAACCUCCCGAACCACCUGCUCGGCUGGCGCUCCCACUCCCACCCCUUCACCCUGGAGUUCCUGGAGAAGGUCCUAAAUUUCAUCGGACUCUUUGAGGUUCAUAAAGCCAUCUUGCUGCUAUUAAAUGUCCCGCAGGAGCAGAACUCCCCUCCGCAGAUCAUCCAGAGGGGGAUCUACAGAGAGAUGCUGCUUUUGACAAUGGCCGCCCUGGGGAGGGAACACAUGGAUGUUGCUGCAUUCGACAGCAGAUACAAGACGGCCUGUAAGAAACUGGGGAACUCCCUGGGAAAAGAAGAACUGCGCAGACGUCGGGCCCAGCUCCCCAGUGCUAAAGCAAUGGACUGCCGCAAGACAUUUGGCGCAACGCUGGAAUGCUAGGUCUCAUCAUGACACUCGCUAUGUGAAAAGUGCAAUAUGGAGUGCAGUCUCCGUUCUAGUCAGAGACUGUGUGCGCGUAAAUCGUGGAGCGAGACUAGUGGGGUGGGGGGGUGUCAGUGACGUCGUAUUGACGUGCUGGGAAGAUAUCAGCGAACACCCCCUCCUGUCCUCGCUAUCCACCCGCUCACCGGCUGGAGACUAUAAGACUGAGGAGAGUCUGGAGCCAACACUUCCUGCAUCUCAUCGGAUACGUGCCAGCCAGCGCCCAACGCCAGCAACCUGGGGCGCGCAUCCACGCAGUCCUACUCCAUCGGUCUCACCAUAUUUAACGCUCGGUUUACAUUAAGCUCAGUUACAGGAGCAAUGCGCAACUUUUACGUUGACCUCUGCUGAUCAACCCUGAUAUCUUCUGCUGCUUAGGAUAAGAAGGGGUUAAUCACGGGCGCCAAAGAUGAUGAUGAUUUUAUUUUAAUACAUUUUUUUUUUUUGCAAUUCAUGCGGCGGCGGUGGUACAGACCUGAUUUCUGCCACUUCACGUUCUUCUCGCCAUGAGCCAAGGUUCCGUCUUCCAAAGAUAGCGGCUGCCAUGUUUACCUCCUGUAGUCACCACCACCGGCUGACAAAGCCACGUCCAUCGCUAUGUGAAGGGUCUGAGACAUGAGCCACGCGGUGUCAUCAGUCACCUGGGGCCCUGCAGCCAUACUGUUCAGUCCCAUUGGUGACUAAUACCACUGCAUAGGCCGCUCUCUUACCUGGCACUGUGUUCUGUGUUUUUUACUGGAAUGGGGUCCGGGGGCAUCACCCCGAAAAUGACAGUGUGAGUUAUCAGUAUUAACAGAUGUUUUCUAAUUUAUUUAUGUGGGAUUCCUCCUGGUGUUUACCGUACAGUGUUGUGAGGGGGGUAGGGUGGGGGUGUCAUUUCCGGGACCCCAGGUCACAUAAGACUGUGAGCUGUGGUGGCGUCUCAGGCGUCACCGGUAGCAUUUUCUAAUAAUGAUUUUCGUGUAUUAUUUUUUUAACCUUGUUGAUGUAUAGAUUUUUAUUGGUCGCCAUCAUUUUAUGUUUUUUGCCGUUUUUAAGGCCAUUGUACAUGUCGGAGGGUUGUCCUCAUCCCAUUCACCCAUAAUGCUCCAGAUAUAAGGGGGUCACAGGUCUGGACUGGAUCUGAGGAGGACGGUGUCAUUGGAAAUAAAAGUGUUUGCUUCCUUCACUGCUGA